AUGUGGAGUGGAGAGGAUCGUCUCUCAUUAAACUCCAGCUCUCCAGGCCGACAGCGCUGCAGCUCUCACCAGCCCUCUUCAGCUGCGUCUCCUCACGCUCCUCCAUACUUCUCCACCUCCGUCUAUUUCAUUAUCAUCUCCAAUCGAGAUCCAUCGCCCAGCAUAGAGGAUAAUCCCCAAGUCGAAGUGGCCGGCACGGACACUCCCACGGCACAAAACACCACAACCACCACGACCUCGACCUCCAACGAGGUCAAAAUGACCGGCACUCAGGAGACUUCCAUCCCUCAGACUCAGACUCAGACUCAGACUCAGACCGAGACCGAGACCGCGGUCGUGACGGAGGAUACCAUCCUUGAAGAUGCGCCUAACGAGCCGGCGCAAAGCCAACCGGCGCCGCCAACCCCUGCGCCCAAGAAGAGCGCCGGCUUCAAAUUCCUCGAUUUUCUGACAUCUCCAAUUGUCGAAAUCUACAUCGGCCAAGGCAACCAGGCGCAGAUGUUGACUGCGCAUCAGGCACUGCUCUUGGAUUCACCCUACCUCACCGAAUAUGUCGACAAGUUCGACGGAUCAGUAAACCGUCGCAUCGAUCUCCCCGAGGAAAAUGUCGAAGCCUUUGGCUGCUUCCUUCAAUUCGAAUACACACGCGACUACUCCGUGUCGCAAGACGAAUCCCCCACCGCCUCAGUCGAACCCGAAGGCGCAGUCGACCGGACCGGCGAAGAACUGUUGCAACACGCGCGCGUCUACACAUUAGCCGAGAAAUUGGGUCUUCCCGCGCUCAAGACCCUCGCUCAUACCAAGAUCCAUCGUGUCAAUGGCACUCCGCGGGGCGAGUUGGCCUACGCGCGCUACGUCUACACGCACACCUCGGUCGAGGACUCCACGAUUCGUCGACCGGUGGCGUCGUACUGGGCGUCGCGCGGCCAUUUGCUUCGCCACGAGGUGCAGGAUGAUUGGCACAGUAUGUGCUUGGAGGUUCCUGAGUUUACCUCGGACGUGUUGAAGAUCUUGAUGGAUCGCAAGGAGAAGUCUGGUCCAGGGGAACCGACGGAGUCGACGCCACGAGGUCGAAAGCGUCUGCGGGCGGGCGAAAAAUGA